AUGAGAGCUGAGGCAUCACAAAUAGACUGGGAUGUUCUCUUCUCCGGAAACGUUAACGAGGACUGGACUUUAUUCAAGGAUCGUUUACUGCAUCUAAUGAAGAACCACUGUCCCUUAUCAAAGCCUAGGACAUCCAACCGUCCUCAGUGGCUUACACGAGAACUCAAAAGGGAGAUCAACAAGAAAGGUAGGUUAUGGAAAAAAUUUCGCGAGAACAACAAUAAUGCAGCGUUUACAGAAUACAAAGUUCAAAGAAAUAAGGUGAAAAGUCUGAUUUUCAGAAGUCGACGGGAUUUUGAGAGUAAUUUGCUCCACCGAGCCGUUAAAAAUCCGAAAUUGCUCUACAGCUAUUUGCGGAAAAGCACACGUAACAGGAAUCCCAUUCCUGUUAUGACGGGUGAUGACGGCUUGGAGAUAUUGGACAGUACAAAUAAGGCUGAGCACUUUUCUCAAUUUUUCCGAUCCGUUUUCACAAGAGAAGCAGACUUUACCCCAUCUAAUUCUGAGAACAUGAGAGAUCCCACUAUCGAAAAUAUUGUGUUUCGAGAAGAAGCGAUUUUGGAAGAACUGAAAAGCUUGAAGGAAUGUAAAUCUCCUUGCCCAACAGCUGGCCAAGCCACUAUCCUUUCUGUGCCCAAAAUAAUUUGAUGCUGGAAUUCUUCCCACAGACUGGAAGACGGCCCACAUUACACCCCUUUACAAAAGCGGUAGUCGUGCUCAGGCGACAAACUACAGACCCGUCAGUCUGACAUCAAUCUGCUGCAAAGUGAUGGAGAAAACCAUCAAAAAGGAGUUGAUGGCUUACUUGGAAACCCACAACCUCUUGUCCAAUACACAAUAUGGUUGCCGUAGGGGAAGAUCAUGUGUUACGAACUUGCUAUACACAAUGCAAAGUUGGACACGAGCACUGGACGCAGAACACACCGUGCAUGUUGCCUAUAUUGAUUUUCGGAAGGCGUUUGACAGUGUUCCGCACCAGCGUCUCCUACACAAGUUGAGAAUUAUGGGCAUCGGUGGCAAACUUCUCAAAUAGAUCGAAAAUUUCCUUGUCGGCCGCUCCCAAAUUGUCUGCGUAGAACAACAGCAAUCAAGGUGCACAUUCAUAGAGAGUGGGGUCCCACAAGGCUCGGUGCUCGGACCAACCCUCUUUCUCUUGUUCAUCAAUGAUUGCGUAGAUGGGUUGGACUGUGAUUGUGCCAUGUUUGCGGACGACAUAAAAAUCUGGAAAGUGAUUCAGAAUGCUGCCGAUGAGACCAACUUCCAAGAAAAUCUUUGUCGAUUGGACGAGUGGUCCCGCAGAUGGCUCUUGUCCUUCAAUUUGAACAAAUGCACCAUUCUGCGCCUCGGAAAUCAGACCCCUAGUACGCGGCAAUACCAUCUGAAUGGAAUGCCACUCCGAGAAGCAGAAACUCAGAAAGAUCUCGGAGUCUGGGUUGCAGACAGCCUAAAGCCUUCUACACAAUGCUGUAAGGCGGCCAAGGCCGCAACGUCAAUGCUAUAUGCCAUCAAGCGGGCAUUCGUAGUUUUCGAUGAAGACUGCUUCACCAAAGUCUUCGGCACGUUUAUAAGGUCCCAUCUCGAAUAUGCAAUUCAGGCCUGAAGACCGUGGACGCAUCAGGAUUACGAUCUGCUCGAAAGGGUGCAGAGGCGAGCCACAAAAUUAGUAAGAGGUCAAAGUGCACUGCCAUACGAGAUCCGCUUAACUAACCUUAAUCUCUAUCCUCUGAGUUAUAGGCAGUUGCGCGGAGACAUGAUACAAACUUUCCGUAUUGUGCGCGGCUUGGAUUGUGCCCUUCGGCGCGAUGACUUUUUCCAACUCGCCACUACAACUCACCUCCGGGGACAUCCCUUCAAGCUACGUGUGCUACAGGGUAGACUGAAUGUGAGAAAAUAUUUCUUCUCCAACCGUGUCAUGGAACCGUAGAAUAGCCUGCCCGAGACGGUUGUUAUGUCUCAAUCUGUGGAGACAUUUAAAUGUCGCCUUGACAGAUAUAUGCUGCAGCAACAAGCGGACUAUGUGACUUUUUAACCAUGUGACUAGUGGCAUAUGUGAAUCAAUAUAUGCAUUCACUUAAUGCUGUAAUUUCUUCACAUUUUUGCUUGUUUAUCGAUUUUUUAUGUACAAAUAGGGAGUUCAAAGGCGUAAGCCUAUUUCCCUCAAAUACACUGACUGACUGACUGACUGACUGAAUAGACUUGACGAACUUAGAGGGUUAGUUGGUGAAAUUAAACCGGACGUUAGGACAUUCACAUAAACGUGUCUUACGGAAGAUAUCGCUGAUUCAGAACUAUCACUUAGAGGAUAUCACCAGUUCAGGAGAGACAGCCCAGGGUGAGGAGGAGGAGGAGGAGGAGGAGGAGGAGGAGGAGGAAGAGGAGUCAUAA